AUGGCAUUCACACCCGCUACGGCCUGCUGCAAGCCUUCCCUGGUGCUGGCGCCGCGGGCGUCGUCCCGCGGCUCGGCGGCCCGCGCGCAGGCGGCGCUCCUCUGCACGCCCUCCACCUCCGCGUUCCGCGGCCUCCGGGCGCCCGCAUCCGCCGCGCCGGCCCCGCGCUGGCGCCGCUCGGCGGCGUCCACGGGCAUCGUCUGUGGCAAGGUCAGCAAGGGCAGCGUGCCACCGAACUUCACUCUCAAGGACCAGAACGGCAAGCCCGUGUCGCUGAACAAGUUCAAGGGCAAGCCCGUCGUCGUCUACUUCUACCCCGCCGACGAGACGCCCGGAUGCACAAAGCAGGCGUGCGCGUUCAGGGACUCGUACGAGAAGUUCAAGAAGGCCGGGGCGGAGGUGAUCGGCAUCAGCGGCGACGACGCGGCGUCGCACAAGGCGUUCGCGCAGAAGUACCGGCUGCCGUUCACGCUGCUGAGCGACGAGGGGAACCGCGUGCGCAAGGAGUGGGGCGUCCCCGCCGACCUGUUCGGCACGCUCCCCGGGCGGCAGACGUACGUGCUGGACAAGCAGGGCGUCGUGCAGUACAUCUACAACAACCAGUUCCAGCCCGAGAAGCACAUCGGCGAGACGCUCAAGAUCCUGCAGAGCCUCUGA